AUGGGCGACCGAGAACUGGCUUGGAUCGUAGUCAGUGGAGCAAACAGCGGGUCUCGCAUCCGCGAUGGACACCCAACAGGGGUGCCCCGCAAUUUCAGUGCCUCGACAUUGCAUCCCGUCGGCGAUGGAUACCUUCAGAUCCUCCCCUCCCCCUUCCUUCACUUCCACAGCGUGCCCCCGACUGUCCGUUACGGGGCCUUUGAGCCGCAUUCUUGCGACGGCAACCCAGCCACACACCCCCCUCCCCUCACCGUUCCCGACGAGUCUGCAAAUUACCAUCCCCCGCUCAAUCAACCGGUCACGGGAUUGCCUUCCGUUCCUCUCAUCCCUAGCACAGCGCAACGCAACCUGGAACCUGUUCUGAGCGACCCGCCGCCGUGUUACGCCGCGCUGGCUCCGUCGGUCUUGUCCUCGGCCGCUGCUCUGCAGCCCUCCUCCGCAGCCCCUUGCCCGCCCCUUCUCCCAUCCCAGCCACGCUUUACUUGGGAGCUGCUGCUGCGCCCGGACAGCCUCGCUCCGCCCCGCUGA